CUUUACCGUCCUCGCACCCACCACCUGUGCAAACCUCCUCCCUUUUGUCGCCCUCAACGAUGAUAUUGAUGACUUAGUACUGUCGUUCGCAAAUAGAAGCGGCUGUGUCCGUCGGUUCACCGACGCCGAUCUCAUCAAAGUUUGACGAAUCAUGUUUGGUGAGAUGGGUAUCAAAGAAACUGAGAUUUCUUGGAUUCUUUUAUACAACAACAACAACAAGAAGCAGCUAAAGAAACUAAAAAAAUUUAGAGAUAAACGGGUGAAGGGUAGAGAAGAAAAGAUCGGUGUCAUCACUAGUCAUCUGUUUGUCUUCCUCCUCUGCAACGCCAUCAUCGCUACUCUCCUCGCCAAGUCCGACAAAUUGUCCACCGAGAAUCUCGAAGCCUACAAUGCCAAGGAUGAACUAUACGAGGAAGUCAUCAAAAACAUUGAAAAUUGGCAACCAAUAUCUUCGGAAGAUGCUACGGAACUCUCGAUAGAAGAGACUGUUUACCAGGACAAAGAGAUCAUCUCUCAAGUGAAUGCGAUUGAUUUGGAAACACAGCGCAAUUUGGCGUCAGACAUUGAUUCUGAUUUGGAUUUGGACAUGGAUAAACUGAAAUCUUACCAGAGGAGCAAGUCAGAGAAGUUUGUUAGAGCAAGUGCGGAGAAAGGAAAAAGAGAACUUCGGCAACUGGAAUCGGAGAAGAGCAGGAAAGUCAAACGAUGCGACGAGAAACCAUUAAAGUGGUGUUUCAGUGGCGAUGAAAUUGCUCCCUUUUUCUAAAACCCAGAUCUGGGUUUGAGAAAGGAAGAAGAAGGAAGAAGAGAGAGAGAGAGAAAGAAUAAGAAGAAGAAAGAAGAAGGAUGAGCAGGAAAAGGAAGGAGGAAAGGAGGAAGAAGAUGAAAUUUGAGAGAAAACCCAGAUGUAGGUUGUAGAUCUGGGUUUGCAGAGGAAAGGGAAAAGGAAAGGUAAAGAAGAGAGAAAGUGAAAGAGGAAGAAGAGAUAACUAGGAUGAAAAAAAAAAACAUUAUUAUUUUUAAAUAAAAUAAAAUGCUAACU